CUUGGACCGGUACGAACGUGCAGCGUGCUCCGUGCUCCUCCCACAACUCAGCCGCAUCACCAAUCGGCUCUGCUCUGCUCUGCUCUGGGCUGUGUGUUUGUUUUUGGUUUUUACAACAAUUUCGGACGCGCGUGCACCAAAAAAAAACAAAAAUAAAAUCCAGCCAGCUGCCCGCCGAUAGAGAGUCCUGGGAGUACUUUCCUGCCACCAUCAUCCACCACCACCACCACCACCAUCAGCACGAACCCCCCGGAGGGCCCGAAGUCGAAAGUAAAAAAAAAAAAACAAAAAAAACGAGAAGAAGGAGGUCCCGCCUACCACACGCGCCCCGCGCCCCGCACAACCAAACAACCGAGACCGAGACCGAGCCACCCGGCCACAGAAUGCAGUUGCCAAAAACUGUGACAUGCUCGCGGAUGACGAUGGCGGCGGCGGCGGCGGUGGUGGUGGUGCUCCUGCUCGCGGUGGUACCACCCACCCGGGCCAACCCACAGUCCGAACCGGAUCCGGCCAAAGCGAACCGCAACAGUCUGCUGCUCCGGCGGGGCAACGUCGGCCGACCGCUCGGCCGGACAACACCGACCACCACCAGCACCACCACGACGACCGCAUCGCCCGACUACGCCGAGGACGAGUACGCGGACAACUACGACGACGGCAAGGCAGGCGAGGACGGGGCCGGGGAUGGGGGUGAGCUGGGGGUGGCCGCAGCGACGACCACCACCACCACCACGACCGAGACACCGAAGAAGAUCCGGCCCAGCAUCCGCCCGUUCCGCAGCAACGACGAUCUGCUGACCGCGCUGAAGAAGCGGCGCCAGGAGUCGAAGAACAGCAAACCGGCCGCCGCGCUGCCGAAGGAGAAGACGUACGACGAUGAGGAGGUGCCGGCGGUGCAGCCCGCACCCGCCCCCAAACCGGCGAAAGCUCCCGCAAUCGGUAAAAUUGCAGAUAAUAUAGUAUUUUCCUUCACGAAACCAUCCAACAAGCGGCGCUUCGGUAGCGGGGCGGCACGCCGGGACACCGAGGCCGAGCAGCAGCAGCAGCAGCAGCAGGAGCAGCAGGGCGGCGGCGAGGAGACGAGUGGUACGGGCGCCAAGUCGCUGAUCGGGCGCCUCGGCCGGUCGCGGUUCGCGCUGAAACAGUAGUGCACUCCACAGAUCAUCCCUCCUCCUCCCGCCGCUUCCUUCAGCCCCGCAGCAACCCGCAGCAAGCGGUCCCAGUGGAGUGGAGUGGGCCCCACACCGAUCGGGUUCACUAGGGGGUGGAGAAGGAGGAGAAGGAGGAAAAUAUAGCUCCCUCCAUCCCUCCACAACCACCUCCUCACCCCACCCCCCCCCCCCCACAAUUUUAAGAAAAUAGUAGUAGAAGCGAAUGCUACGCCGCGCGAGUUGAGAGCAGCUUCAGUUUAUUUCAAUUCUUCUCACUCCGAUAUUUUUUAAAAUAUCCAUUCCCUUCAUGUUCACAUUCCUGUUUCUUCUUCUUCCUCUUCUUCCUCUUCUUCUUCUUCUUCUUCUUCUUCUUCGUCCUAUUGUACCAUCUAGUUGGAAAAUAAAAUGUACGAUCCCCCUUUUUUUUAAUUUUAGAUAGAAGAGUGUUGUGAGUGCGAGAGUUUUUAAUGCGCAUUAUUCUUCCCCACAGGCUGGUUGCUCGUUCUUCUUCUUCUUCUUCUUCUUCUUCUUCUUGUUCUUCUCUAUCUGCCUACCAACCGGCAUUUCCGGUUACCGUAAUGUUAUUUAACAAAUAAUUAAGUUACAUUUGCAGAGGGUUGUUGUGCGUUGGGUUACUUCCGCUCCCACCGUAUGGACUUCUUCUCCCCCUUUUUUUUUUCUUCUGCCCCAUUCAUCUUCUACUUUGUGCGCAUUAUUUCCGGCAUGUCCGGCCCCUAUUUUCAAGGGCGAUUUUGAGGGGUGGAGCGGGUUUGGGGGGGGGGGGGGGGGGGGGGG